AUGCCUGCCUUGCGCGAGUGUGUGCGUCGGAAACCCUUUGUCCCGAAAAAGGCGAGCGAGGAGUCCCGCCGUCUCGAUGAGACCCAAGUCUUCGUCUUCAAGAUCCAGGUCGAUUCGGUAACCUUUGACGGAGCCCAGCUGGCCAAGACAAGAGGUUUGCGUUUCGCCUUGGCUUUGCAGAAGCACAGCGGGAAGUCUCACGAAGAUCGGAUUCUGCUGACCCCAUCCAUCAAGCCCAUUGUAGAAGAGCUCGAGUCGGGCGAGGGUCGCCGCCAGUGCUUCUUCAGCAUCCGCUACGAGGUGGACGUGCUGUGGGAAGGUGACGAGACCUUGGUGCUGAGUGCUGUGGAGCCAGGGAGGCUCUUCUUCUCGACGCAGGUUGCCAGUUGCGACCUGCCCCUGGCUGUCUGCUACGAGCAGCUCGUGAGCAGCGCGAAGAAUUGCAAUCCGACUGAGGCGGAGCCCUUGCCCAUCGAGCUCGAGCUCGAGAGUUCCAAGGGUUUCAGCGGAAGGUGCAGGAUCUUCGUCCACUGCUGGAAAGAGAGCUUGAAAGCACUUGGGGGAAGAAAGGCUUUGAGGUCUACCUUCCCGGAAUCCCUUCCUGGAGGCAAAGAAAUUCAUUCCGAGGCGAUUAGGCAUAAGAUGACGGAGAUCCACGAGUGCCACAGCCUGAAUGAGAAGCUCCAGAAGGCGCAAGCAGAUCUUUGGUUGCAGGGCGUCAAGCGGCUGACGGAUGAAGGCAGACAAAGAACGAGCCAAGGCUGUCAGCAAGGAGCGGUUCUUUCGAAGCCGUGGAGCGUGCUGGCGGGGCGACCUGGUUGCGAUUCACCACCGCAUGAGCACGAGACUUAG